AUGGCAGCCAACGCCAUAAGCUGCAUCAAGGGCAGAACUCGCCACCACUUUACAUCCCAGAUGCCGCUGCGCCACCGGGCCGUCUGGGGUGUCGCCAAGAAGACCAAUAUCCACUGGCCGCCCUUUGCCCUGCCUCGUCCAUGGGAACCUGUCAUUGACGGCACCGACAUUUUUGCCGCGGCUGUCAAGGCAGCUUAUGCCAAGGCCAACUAUAGCGUUACUUUUCUGGACGACUGGGCCUCACACCACGUCCACUUCGGCAAUGUCCAUUGUGGGACAAACUCAGCUCGUGAGACGACUCGCAAGUCGUGGUAA